AUGGACUUUGAGCAUUACGGACAGAGCUCCGAGCAGCCUAAACGACGCAGACGCAAUGUUGGAAGGCGGAAACAGCGCAAUAAAGCUCCAAUCUCUGCUCGUCUGACGCUGGACCAUCAACUGCCUGGUGCGGUCGGUGUGGUGUCGGACGAUCUGGCCAACGACCUCUUCCAGCAACGAGGUCUGACAGGUGCCGAGGAUGAAAUUCUCCAUGUUGCCAUCUCGCCGUAUACUCCGAGCUACAACUCCGUGGAGGAUCUUGCCUGGACCAUAAUUCCCGUGCGGGUCCAGUCUGCGGAGCGCUCUCGGACUGCCCCAAUUCCUUAUUCAACAGUCAUAUUCCCAGAUGCAGCAGAUACAUUGCAGCCGUUUCUGCAAGCGUUGACCAAGCUCGACCCCACGCGCCACUCUCUCCACGCCCAACGUGUCAUUGAGAUCCGGGUGUUGGAUGUUGUACCGUUGAAUCUGGAUACGGUGUAUGUGACGGUUGAGCGGAACCUCCUCCGGAACCACGAUGAUGUCCAGAGCAAGUUUGGAGGUGGUUUCCCCUCCAGCCUCAACACCCUAAAUGGCCUUCGAGGAAAGCCAGGGAAAGACUUGGAGCCAAAAAGGUACACAAAGAAAGCUGCAGCAGAAGCAGAGGAACGACUUACUGCGGCAGUGCGUCAGGCACUGGGAGCGCAGAAGGUUGUGCAUACUGGCGAUGUACUGCCACUCCCUUUACCGCCGCAUCCUAUCACCUACGCCGCACCACCUCCGGCGCACAUCUCGUUUUGCGAGCCCGUUUCGCAGGGUUUAUUGAUGCCGUCGACAAAGAUUGUCCUUAUCCAGGCCCGACCGCAUGGGCACCGAUCACAAAAAAGCUUGCCACCCCGAUCCAGCCUCCUCAAGCAGGUGGCGGAAGACGAGGCGGAUGACACUUCCAACGAGCAGUUUUUCUCUGCUGCCGAAGAUAAGCAGACAGAGACGGAGAUGGAAAGUACUUCGCCUCCCGAUGACUCGGAGACUGAGGGCUCCGUGGGGAACGCGAGUGACACUUCUGAUGAUUCCCUGGAGGAUAUGAUCUCUCUCAGUGCCCCGGAGCUUCCACAGGCGCCAUCCGGUGCCAUGUCGGCAUUUUCUUCGGCUACGCCUCGCGCGGGAGGCCGUCGGGCUGAUGGGGUUCACACCCCAGGGUCUGUAGCCUCUAAUUUUACAUCGGCCACUAUGCGCCCCGGUCGUGGCGGGGGCAAGGUCUUCAAGGCGGAAGGCUUACUGCGCAGUAUACCUAACGAGCUCCUGCACCCUAAACCACGCGAAGAUGAUGAUGUGGACUCUUUCAUCUUCGUGGACAUCAGCACGCUUGCCAAGAUCGGAUGUUUCUCUGGAGACUGGGUGAGAAUCGAAGCUACCGAAGAGACCCAGGUGAACAUGUUCGCCUCGAUUAACCUCGGAAGCUUUAACAACAUCGAGGAAGAUUCUGGCGACUGGCGUGCUGUCAAGGUAUACGGCAUAGCUGGACUCCCGUCGGCCAAACCGCGGUACUCCAUCAACCAGUCUGCAGAAAGACGCUCAAGUGUUUCACAACGCGCGCCCUUACGCUUGACCCCUUCGGUGUUUGUUCCUCCACUGUUGCUUGGUAACCUCGAAAACCCAAAGUAUCUACGGAUAUCUCAGAUGACCUUUGCCACUGCCAACGGGGCAUCGAAGCCUGGUCUCCUGCAUCAGAUGAAGUCUAGCCCCGCCAGAAACCCGCCCCUGGCCAAGGAGGUGACCUUGCUCAAAGUAUCUACACCUCUUUCUAUGGAUCGCGUUCUUCAGCCGGCCUUGUUCGCGGGACUGAAACAGUACUUUGAAUCCAGACGGCGGCUCUUGAAGAGUGGUGACCUCGUUGGAAUCAGUGUGGAUGAAGGGCUUGGAAGAGCCGUCUUCUCAGGAAAUGCAGCUACAGAUGGCGGAAACCAGGAAGAAGAAUUGACCGCCCGAUUGGGCCAGGUCGGGGAAUCAACCCAGUCUAGAAAGGUUGGCGUUGCGUGGUUCCGCGUGGGCCAUGUUGUCCCUACUUCUGAAGAACAGGAUGGAGCGGGAGAAGACCAGUGGGGAGGGGUUGCAGUCAUCGAUUCGGCAACUACGAGAAUGGUCCAGGCUGGAAGUGACGUGAGCAGAGUUCCAGGAACCCUGGGCAACGGAUGGGAGUACUGGCUUGGAGUGAAGACAAUUCCGAAAGCAAUCGGAGACUCCCCCAGCUCCCAUGGCUUGAUCACCGAGCCACCGCAGUCUUUCAUUCCUCCAUUGCAGGGGCGCAUUCGCGACCUGAUGUCAGCGGCUACGAGUCCUCGCGCGAUCCAACUUGGCAUGAAGCCCGUCGUUAUCCUUCUCAGAUCACAACAGAGAAAUAUCGGAAAAGCAACGAUAGCUACACGGGCUUGUGCUGAUAUUGGUCUUCAUACCUUCCCUAUCGACGCUUACGAUAUUCUUACUGAAGGCGGUGCGAAUGGAGGCGAUGUCAAGACUGAGGGAUACCUGAAAGCAAGAGCGGAGCGUGCUUUCCACUGCGGGGCAAACUGCACGGCACUUCUGAUCAGACACAUCGACGUGUUAACGGCUGAUCGAAUGGUUACGGCAAUGGCUGAGAUUGUUGCUGAAGCUCGUGUUAUUAUUGCGACUACGACCGACGUUGAGCAGAUCCCCGAAGGAAUCCGCAGCAUGUUUACGCACGAGUUUGAAAUGACUGCCCCCGAAGAAAAAGAACGAGAGGGUAUCCUCCAAAACGCUGUUUCAGACCGAAGCAUCAAGCUUUCCGCCGACGUGGAGCUAAGCACAGUGGCUCUGAAGACCGCUGCGUUGGUUGCUGGGGACUUGGUUGAUGUUGUCGAACGAGCUGCUGCUGUGAGAACUGCUCGCUUGGAGAAAUUGGCCGAGACUGCUAGUAAGGAACAGCAAGGGUCGAAGGUGAGCGUUCGGGAUGUGCUUGUUUCCGGGGGCGAUACAGCACGAGGCAUCACCAAGGUCGACUUUGACGCUGCCGUUGAAGCCGCAAGGAAGAACUUUGCCGACUCGAUUGGUGCACCCAAGAUUCCCAAUGUUGGCUGGGACGAUGUUGGUGGCUUGACCAAUGUCAAGGAUGCCCUUGUUGAAACCAUCCAGCUGCCACUUGAGCGUCCUGAGCUGUUUGCCAAGGGCAUGAAGAAGCGCAGUGGUAUUUUGUUCUACGGUCCGCCUGGUACCGGAAAGACAUUGCUUGCGAAGGCUAUUGCAACCGAAUUCUCUCUCAACUUUUUCUCCGUCAAGGGUCCUGAGCUGUUGAACAUGUACAUUGGUGAGUCGGAAGCCAACGUGCGACGGGUGUUCCAGCGUGCGCGCGAUGCCCGUCCAUGCGUUGUGUUCUUUGACGAACUGGACUCGGUUGCCCCCAAGCGAGGAAACCAGGGAGACAGUGGUGGUGUGAUGGAUCGUAUUGUCAGUCAGUUGCUUGCAGAACUGGACGGCAUGAACGGAGGCGAAGAAAACAGUGGUGGCGUGUUUGUGAUCGGAGCAACCAACCGUCCUGAUCUGUUGGAUACGGCCCUUCUCCGCCCCGGUCGUUUCGACAAGAUGCUUUAUCUCGGCGUGUCCGACACGCACGAUAAGCAGGCCACUAUCCUUGAAGCUCUGACCAGGAAGUUCACUCUUGACCCUAAGGUCUCACUCAGUCGGGUUGCCGAGAAAUUGCCCCUGACCUAUACCGGUGCGGACUUGUACGCGCUUGGCUCGGAUGCGAUGCUCAAGGCGAUUACGCGCAAGGCUACGGCGGUGGAUGAGAAGAUUAAGCAGCUCCCGGGUGGACCUGUCAGUACCGCGUACUUUUUCGACCACAUUGCGACGCCGGAGGAUGUGGCUGUGAUGGUUACUGAGGAGGACUUUUUCGAGGCACAAGAUGAGCUUGUUCCCAGUGUUAGCGCCAAAGAACUGGAACACUUUGAACGAAUCCGACAGACGUUUGAGUCGGUUGACAAGCAAAAACAAGAAGGCGACGCUAAAGCGCCACAAACUAUACAGGAUGCCCUUGAGGCUCUGAACAUGGGCAACGAGAUUGAUGAGCGCAUCAUUGACGGACCCGUUACGAAUGGCGACCAUGGACUACCGGUCGUCAAAGGCAAGGGAGCUAAUGGACCCACGGCAUCUCGCAGCGCGAGUAACCACUCGGUCAGCAGCAAAGGAAAGGGGAAGGGCAGUCUUCGGGGGAAGAACAAGAGCGUGGUAGAGAAUGGAACGGGGGGAUAUGAGGAUGUUGGAGAGGAGGAUUUGAAUGACGGCGAUGAUGAUUACAUAGUACGGACGGAUCAUCUGGCGAAUCCAUCAGGAAGAUCUGUAUGA